AUGUGUUUAUUUAAAGAACUUGAAGAGAGAGGACUGAAGAUUCACAUCCAUGGAAGAGACUUCGUAGCUGGUGACUACAUCGCUGCUAACAUCGUGACCGCCAUCAAGAAGAGCAGGAAGACCUUGGUGGUGCUCACACGGAACCUGCUGGACAGUACCUGGUGCAACUAUGAGAUACAGGUGUGUGGCAUGUUUUUUUUUUAUAAUGUGUAGUGAACCCUGUCAAACUGCUGUGCAGUACCUGGUGUAUAUAUAUAUAUAUAUAUAUAUAUAUAUGUCCUACAGGUGUGUGACAUGUUUCUAUCAUAUGUAGUGAACUCUGUCAAAGUGC